GUUAAUAGAUAAAAUGACGUUAUGGGUGGUUAUGAUACUAGGUUGUUUACUAGAACUUGAAGCGGUCAAAUAUGGUUUUUCUGGGUUUACAUUAGGCUAUAUCCAUAGCAAAGGCAAUCGGGCCGUUAUAUCAGACCAUGCGACGUCGGGAUAUAGUGCUCCGUCUAGCAAACGUAUUACAAGGUGUAUGAUAGAUCCAUUAGAAGGUGUCCCCGGGAUAGGAGAUGACCCAGGAUAUGAAAUAUCGUCGUAUGAAGAUGAUACCCACGUGGAAAUCACACCAGAGGAUCUUGAAGAAGUGGAAACCAUAUUGAACGAUGUCAAAAGGGGACGUUAUGGACAAAAGUGGAAACAAGAAUUGAAUACAAUACAAAGACAUUAUGAAAAAAGAGUAGAAGCACUAAAUAAAAUACCGGGUAUGUCAGAUGAUGCACCUAAACCCAAAGUAAAAGAUCUAUUGAACCAACAUGAUGAAGCAUUAGAUAAAGAAUUAAAACAGAUAUUCGAUAUAUCCAACUUUAGGCACCCAACCGAAGAAGAAAUAUCACAAAGUAUUAAGCAAAAGGAACGUGAAGAACGCAGUAAUGACUAUACGGAAUCACCUGACCCUGAUGAAAUAUAUUUCAGAGACCUGUCAGACAAAAAAUCUGGUAUAAAGGGAAUUGAGAAUGUAGUAAACACAUUCUAUAGAGAUAAAGGGCUGCUUAAUGAACCUAUCGUAAGAACCACAGUAAGCAAGUUUGAUAUACACUGGAAACAAAAUCAACAAAAUUUCGAUCUGUGGUUCACAUGUGUCAACAAAAAUGAUACAGACAAGGAUUAUAAUAUCACCUUUAUGCCCAAGGAAGUCACCAUCACUUACAAGGGUGAACCUGUUGUAAUGGAAAUGGAAGGCAAACUAGAUGUUGAUGGGUGUUUCUGGUCAAUGCAUGAAUUGCCUGAAGAAGGCAAAAUCGUAAACGUGGUACUGCGUAAACGCAGCCCUGAAUACUCGGGGACGUGGAAACAUCUCUUCCGCGCCACACCUAACACACCGACUCAAAAUUAACCUAAUUACCAUAAAAACAAAUUAACAUUAAUUCAAUAUUAAUU